UCAUGCCCUGCCGCUUGCCCAGCUAGGGCACCAGCCUCUCACGAAUCAAGGGACCAAAACGAAAAAGAAAUUGAGAGCCUAGCCAAGUAGCCAAAGUUAGGCAGCUCUUUCAGUCCAAUCCAUGCUUCAAAUGCAAAGGAUAAAUCUUUCUUUUCACAAUCUCUCAAAAAUCAAAACCCCUCAAUAGUAGUAGAACUGUAGAAUAGUGUUAAGAAAAACAAAGAGAAGAAGAUGAACUUCACUUCAAUACAUAACAAUUCAUCCUCCAUUACUCUUUCAACCUUACCUUCCUCCUCCUCUUCUUCUUCUUCCUCACAAUCCUACAACAAUUACAUCUUCUCUCACUACCCCAAACCAUCCAAUCUCUCUCUUCCACGUGUCCCUUUCUCCCGCUCCGUCCUCUGCCACGCUCGCCGCCGUAGCAACUCCGGCCGCCCCGUCUCCUCCAAGAAAAACAAGAGUCGCAAGAAAGAAGACUCUAAUAAAGAUGAUGAUAUAGAGGAGGAUGGUUUUGAGGCUCUUUUUAAGCAGCUUGAAGAAGAUCUCAAGCAAGAUAAGGAGUUUUUAGAUGAUGGUGAGGAUGAGAUUUCUGAAGAAGAGCUUGCCAUGCUCGAACGGGAGCUAGAAGAAGCACUUGCAGAAGAUGAAAAUAUGUUGGCGUUGUUAAGUGCGACAACAAAUGAUGCUCCCAAAGGAGAAAGUGCAAAAGAAGAAAUGGAAGAGGAAGUUGAAGAAGAUGAUGCCGGUGAUGAAGAAGAAGAAGACGAGGAGGAGGAAGAGGAACCAGUACAACUGAAAGGUUGGCAACUUCGUCGAUUGGCACAAGUGCUGAAGGUUGGCCGCCGUAAAACUAGUAUAAAAAAUCUCGCAGCUGAGUUAUGUCUUGAUAGGGCUGUUGUUCUUCAAUUGCUGCGGGAGCCACCACCUAAUCUGUUAAUGAUGAGUGCUUCUUUGCCUGAUAAACCAAAGCCUGUUGUCACGAUUCCAGACUAUGAAGACACGCCAGCUGUUCCUUCUGAGGUUAUUGCUGAUUCUGAGGUGAUUGCUGAUUCUGAUAAACCUGAACCCAAGGUCGAAACUCCCAUCCAUGUCCUGCAAGGUAGCUGGUCUGCACGAAAGAGAUUGAAGAAAGUUCAAGUUGAAACUCUAGAAAACGUCUACAGGCGUACUAAGCAUCCUACAAAUACCAUGAUCAGCAGCAUUGCCCAUGUGAUAAGCCUUCCUCGCAGGAGAAUAUUGAAAUGGUUUGAAGACAAACGUGCCGAUGAAGGUGUGCCUGCAGAGCCUGCUAGUGCACAGCAGCAACCCUAUCGACGGUCAUCUACUGAAUCUGUGUUUACCCAAUAAUUUUGUCAUCCUAGUGACUUGUAGUUUAUUUUGUAAAAUAGCUUUAUUAGUGAUUAUAUCUAAAAUUGGUCAUUAAGCUUAUGUACUUUAUGCCUAUUCUGCCAAGAGGAACCGAGGGGGUAAUGUAUGGAGUAGUAAAAAAAAAAACAUCCUACGAAGUAUUAUACUUCAGAAAUCAUAAAAAAAUUACUAUUAUACCGAGUAAUGUAUGGAGUAGUAAAAAUUACUAUUACACAGUAAAAAAAAUUUGUACUUUGUAUUAGUUAAA